AUGAAGGAGGGCAAGGCCAUGAUGGGCUGCGCCGUCAACAGCUCGUCGUCCCUGGUCGCGGAGAUCUGCGCGGCGACGGGCUUCGACUUCCUGCUCAUCGACGCGCAGCACUCCGCGGUGAAUCCCGAGACGCUCCGCCACCUGCUCCAGGCCUGCCACGCGGGCGGCGCCAAGGCCUUCGUGCGCGUCGGUGGCCACAACGACCGCGUCGGCAUCCAGCAGGCCUGCGACCUCGGCGCCGACGGCGUGCUCGUGCCGUGCGUGCGCACCAAGGCCGACGUCGAGCUCGCGGUGUCGUGCUGCAAAUACCCCAUGUCGGGCCGCGGCGCCGUCGGCGGCACGCGCAGCGUCUUCGUGAACCUGCGCCCCCAGCUCCCGGGCGGCUUCGGCAAGCUCUUCGACUACGUCCACAACGGCAACCCCACCGUCGUCGUCGCUGUGCAGAUCGAGACCAAGGACGCGCUCGAGAACGUCGAGGAGAUCUGCUCCGUCGACGGCUUGGACAUCGCGUUCAUCGGCCCCGGCGACCUCGCCGUGGACAUGGGCCUCGGCCGCGAGUGCGGCGUGCCGGCCUGCUGGGGCGACCCGCGCUUCGGCGCCGCCGUGGGCAAGGUCGCCGCGGCGUGCAAGGCCUCCGGCGUCAUCGGCGGCUUCUGGAACAGCGGCCUCGAGGGCACCAUCCCCCAGGGCUUCCGCUUCUUCGUCGUCGACGACGACGUCUGCGCCAUGCAGGAGACGCUCGCGAAGAACCUGGUCGGCUUCCAGGAGAAGCGCCAGACGGCCCUCGCCGGCCUCGCCAAGUAA